UUUGCAAUUUGGAAUUUACAAACCCUAUCCGACCCGGGAACUGGAAGGGAAACUUCGCUCCAAUAAUUUCUAGGGCUCAUCGUCUCCAAAUUCUCUGAUUUUGUGGAACUCUGGUGUCAAUUCAGAGCAACUGAGUUGGAGAUAGGGAGAGAAAUAUGCCUCAGAGACACUCGAAGAAUAAUAACGAUCUUGCUUUCUUCACCUAUGAUGAGAAGCGGAAGCUCGGGUAUGGAACGCAGAAAGAGAGGCUGGGGAAGGACUCGAUCAAGCCGUUCGAUGUCUGCUGUCUCUGCUUGAAACCCUUCAUCGACCCCAUGUGCUGCCAGAAAGGCCACACGUUUUGUAAAGAAUGCAUUCUCGAGUGCCUUCUGGCUCAGAAGAAAGAUAUUCAGAGGAAGCUUGCUGCAUAUACUGCUCAGCAGAAGCAAGAGAAGGAAGAAGCAGAAGAGAAACUGAUGCAGCAGAAAGCUAGAGAGCUCGAUGCAUUUGAUCAGCAAAACCAUGGUGCUGUACCACAAUACAAUGAUCGGAACCACAGCCGGGAUAAGAACGGUUUCCAUGGGGCAAAUAGUGUAAAGGUAACUUCUUAUGAAGAAGAAGCACUUCGGAACAUGAAGGCAUUUUGGCUUCCUUCAGCUACACCAGAAGCUCCCGUCAAAGCAGGAGCUCCUUCUAGCAGUACAUUCUGUCCAGAAGGCAACGAGAAACUUAAGCUAAAGUCCCUUUUCCCAAUACAUUUCACAGAGGACACUAGCGAGCAGAAGAAAUCAAAAUCUUAUGAUGUUACAUAUAUAUGCCCUAGUUGUAAGGUUACUCUAACGAACACAAUGUCUCUGGUGGCCCUUAGCACAUGUGGUCAUGUGUUCUGUAAGAAGUGUGCUGAUAAGUUUAUGGCUGUGGAUAAAGUUUGUCUCGUCUGCAACAAGGGAUGUAAGGGAAGGGAUUUGGUGAACUUGGAGAAAGGAGGCACAGGGUUUGCUGCCCAUGGGGAUUCUCUUGAAGCAACGGACUUCAAGCAUUUGGGAAGCGGCUCUGGUUUGGGACUGGUGAGGCCUGCCAUGAAGACUUAGUCAUCUUGGUAGGAAAGUUAGCCACUUGUGCCCUGUUUGCCUAAGCUGCUUCACGACUGUAAUUUGCUUCCAUAAAUCCUUUAUUGCUUUUUUUUUUCCUACUUAACUGGUACGUGGUCUUGUAAAAUGGCAAUUUUACACCUUGUAUUUUCUUAAAAAGAAAUAGAAGCUGGAUUUUUUUUUAAUUACGAUUUGCCAAAAUUUUUGGUCACUGCAGCCCCUGGCAUAAUAUUGUUUUUUCUGUGAACAACGAUAUUAACGGUCUUUCGUUGGAUGUAUCUGGAUCCAUCAGUGCAUAGGAUCUGAACAUUAGGGGACCUAAAAAAAAGAAAGAAGAAGAAGAAACGAGGAAUUGUCGUCGCUGUUGCUACAGAAAGGAAAAAAAAAGUGUUUUCUGCAGGAACCCUUAUAUUGAAAAUCCAUCAAAUGAGCCUGAGAGGACUAACGAUGCAGCUGGUGAUUAUGCCAAGGCUUGCAUUGCUGUUUCUACGGAAUGUGGGUUCCUGUGAUUGAUAUUUGGACUAAGAUGCAGCAAAUUCCUGGCUGGUAAAAGGUUUGUUUGAGGUACUUCUGUUAUCUUCACGUGCUAGCUUUGAUAUUUUUACAUAAGCAAAUGGUUCAAAUGAUCUGUUGGCAUUGUUGCCGUAUUAUUUGCAAGUUUUGUUGAACUCUGAUUAUGUACAGAUUUUCCUGGAAUUUACAAGAUAUGGAAUUAUUUCAGGACAUUAAAUGUACAUUUUUGUCA